AUGGAUUCAGAGCCCUUUGUUACUUUGGUUUUGUUCCCUCUUCCAUGCGGUGACUGUAUGUCCAGUUCAACUGAUAAGGGAAAAGAAGAUAAGAGAAGUUUUGGAGUUGGGGAGAGUAAUAGCUAUGAACGUCAAUAUCAAAGGGAAGAACAUGAUGUGAACAGCUGCCAGGAACCGGAGGUUGGAGGUCUCUCUUUGGAACUGAGUUUGGGUUUUAAUGAUAGUAAUUGUACUUCCAAGAAGAGAGAGAGAAUGGAGAAUCCUAGCAGUGCAAGAGGAGUUUCGUCCUCCAGAAACAAGAGAAUUAAAGUUGACAGAGAAGAAGCGAAAAUGUUAGAGUUGACUGAAUUGAGGCUGGCCCAUGAUCCUUAUUGCAUUAAAAAGAAGCUUACUGAAAGCGAUCUUGGCAACAUGUCCAGGCUCAUGCUGGCAGAAGAGUGCAUAGAAUCUCAUGUUUUCCCAUUCUGGAAUGCUGAUCAGCUUGCAAUAAUUAAGGAAGGGUUGCCAGUUUCUGUGUGGGAUGGUGAUACACAGACUGAACAUGAGCUGGUAUUCAAGCGGUGGAACAAAAGUGCCAACGUGCUUAUCAAGAAUUGGGUCAAGGACUUCGUGAAGAGGAGAGAACUGAAGCUGGGAGAUGAAAUUGGCCUUUACUGGGACACAUGCAAUUCAAGAUUCCAACUUGCUGUCCUUAACCGAGCUGCGAGGCAUUAA